AUGUACGGCCUGGAGUGCCUCUUCAGAUUCUUCUCGUACGGCCUGGAGAACAAAUUCAAACCCGAGCUGUACCGCGACUUUGAGGGCGUCGUGCUCCGCGAGUUCAAGCAGUACAACGGACUGUACGGACUGGAGAAGCUCUGGGCGUUCCACCACUACUGCGGACUGCCCGCGGACUGCGACCUGGAGGUGGACCCAGACCUGAAGGAGCUGCUGGAGGGGCCCUACAAAACCCUGGACUGCUUCAGGGACGAGCAGCGGCGGCGCGAGGCGGCGGCGGCGGCGGCGGGGCCGCAGAAGGGCCAGAAGGCGCCGCCGGGCGGCGCCGCGCAGCAGCAGCAGCAGCAACAGCAGCAGGAGGCAGGCAACGGGGCAACCCCCAAGGCAGGCUGA